UCCACUUUCCAACUUGAGCUUCAGCUAGCUUUGUUAUAUUCUUUCUUUUCAACCGAUUCCAUUUUAAAAAUUCCAUAAUUUUGUUCCUUGUAAAUUCUUCCAUGUAGCAACUAAAACAUGGGAACAAAACAUUGGUUUUUAUCCUAUGUUGUUGUUGGUCUUUUCAUCUCCACCCUAUUGAUCAUGUCCAAACCGUGUUUAUGUGAUAUUCAAUAUAUUGGCACAAUCUCACCUGGGAUGGAAGCUUCUCCAAUGAGUUUUAUUGACGAAAAGUCGAAGUUCCUCGUCUCAAAGGAUAGAAAUUUUGUUUUUGGUUUUGUCACCACCGUAAACGACAACACCAAGUUUCUAUUAGCAAUCGUCCACAUGGCUAGCUCCAUCGUGCUUUGGACUGCUAAUAGAGCAUUACCAGUUUCCAAUGUUGAUAAUUUUGUGUUUGAUAAAAAAGGAAAUGCCUAUUUACAGAGGAAUGGAACUGUGAUCUGGUCUACAAACACAAUUAGCAAAACAAUGGAAUUGCAAGACACUGGAAAUUUGGUUUUGCUUGGUAACGACGACAAUAAUACGGUAAUUUGGCAAAGUUUUAGUUAUCCAACUGAUACUUUAAUGCCUUCACAAGAUUUCAAAGAGGGAAUGAAACUUACCAGUGAACCUAGUUCAAAUAACUUGACCUAUGUUCUUGAGAUCAAAUCUGGUGAUGUUGUUCUUUCAGCUGGUUUCAAAACUCCACAGACUUAUUGGACUAUGCAGAAUGAUAACCGUAAAACGAUUAACAAGAAUGGUGAUGUUGUGGCUUUUGCAAAUCUCAGUGAUAAUUCUUGGAGGUUCUAUGAUAACAAUAAGUCUUUGUUAUGGCAAUUCAUUGUCUCUGAUAUACAUGCAAGUUGGAUUGCAGUUUUAGGAAAAGACGGUGUCAUUACUUUCUCGAAUCUCAACGGUACUGGAUCAAACAGUGAUGCUUCACUAAGAAUACCAAGAGAUCCUUGUGGUACACCAGAACCUUGUGAUCCCUACGGAAUAUGCUCAAACAACCGUAUGUGUAGCUGUCCUCUUGUUCUUCUUCCUAGUUGUAAACCAGGUUUUGCCUCUCCUUGCGAUGAUGAAUCAAAAAGAUCUGUUGAAUUUCUGAAAGUUGAUGAUGGACUUGGUUACUUUGCGCUUGAUUUUCUUCAUCCCUAUUCGAAUACUGAUUUAUCCAGUUGUCAAACAUCAUGUCUUGGAAAUUGCUCUUGUCUUGCAAUGUUCUUUCAUAGAAGUUCAGGGAACUGUUUCUUGUUGGACAGUGUUGGAAGUUUUCAGAAAUCUGAUGAUGCUGAUUCUUCUGGUUAUGUUUCUUACAUUAAGGUUGCUCGUGAUGGAGGUCAAAGAAGCAAUAAGCACAUCAUAGUUGUUGUGAUUGUUGUCAUAAUAACUUUUCUUAUUCUGCUCUUUAUGGGGGUUCUAUACUACAAGAAAAAGAAAAGGUUACCUCGAGAGAAUUCAGAAGAAGAAAAUUUCUUGGAGAAUUUAACCGGCAUGCCAAUCCGUUUCCGCUAUAAAGAUCUUGAAGUUGCAACUAAUAACUUCUCUGUGAAACUUGGUCAAGGAGGUUUUGGAUCAGUUUAUAAAGGACUUCUACCUGAUGGGACUGAAUUAGCUGUGAAGAAGCUGGAAGGUAUUGGUCAAGGGAAGAAAGAGUUCAGAGCUGAAGUUAGUAUCAUCGGAAGCAUUCAUCACCAUAAUUUGGUAAGGCUUAAAGGAUUUUGUGCAGAUGGAAAUCAUAGGCUUCUAGUUUACGAGUACAUGGCUAAUAACUCAUUGGAUAAAUGGAUAUUCAAGAACAAAAAAAGUGAAUUUCUUUUGGAUUGGGAUACAAGGUUUAGUAUAGCAUUAGGAACAGCAAAAGGACUUGCUUAUCUGCAUCAAGAGUGUGAUUCAAAGAUUGUUCAUUGUGACAUCAAACCUGAAAAUGUACUUCUAGAUGAUCAUUUCAUUGCCAAAGUUUCAGACUUUGGUUUAGCCAAGCUUAUGAAUAGAGAAGAAAGCCAUGUUUUUACUACAUUAAGAGGAACUCGUGGCUACCUUGCACCCGAGUGGAUAACAAACUAUGCUAUAUCAGAGAAAAGCGAUGUAUACAGCUAUGGGAUGGUGUUGCUAGAGAUAAUUGCGGGAAGGAAGAAUUAUGAUCCUAAUGAGACUUCGGAGAAAUUCAAUUUCCCUCGUUUUGCUUUUAAGAUGAUGGAAGAAGGUAAAAUGAGAGAUAUCAUUGAUUCAGAGAUGAAAAUAGAUGAUGAGAAUGAUGAUAGGGUUCAUUGUGCUAUAAAUGUUGCAUUGUGGUGUAUACAGGAAGACAUGUCUAUGAGACCUUCCAUGACAAAAGUUGUUCAAAUGUUAGAGGGUCUUUGCACUGUUCCUAAACCACCAAAAUCCUCUAAUGAAGGAAAAACCUCCUCUUCUUCUGAUGCUUAUCUAUCAGCGGUUAGUCUUUCAGGACCAAGAUAGCAAUAAUAGCUCUAUGUAUUUUUUUUCUUUCUUUUUUACUUAAAUCACUUUCGGUCUGUAUUUAUGGAAUCACGGUUUUAAUCCCCUAUUUUUAAAUAUGAAAUAUAGUCCCUUAGUUUUUAAA